AUGUCUUCUCUCAAAGUUCUCAUCUCGGGCGGGGGCGUCGGCGGGCCGGCCCUUGCAUUCUGGUUAUCGAAACUCGGCCACGACGUGACCAUCCUCGAGCGGUCUUCUAGCUUGCGAGUCCAAGGCCAGCAAAUCGACAUUCGCGGCCAGGGAGUCGAAGUGAUCCGCCGCAUGGGCCUGGAGCACUUGAUCCGCGAUAAAGGUGUCAACGAGGCCGGCAUCACUUUUGUCGACAGGAAAGGAAAUCCGCAAGCGACUUUUGAAGCAAAUAAGACGGGCAUCGGCAGGCAGUCGUUUACGUCCGAGUUCGAGAUCAUGCGCGGUGACCUUGUCGGGAUCCUUUUCCAAAAGACCAAAGAACUUGGCGUCAAGUACAUCUUUGGCACCACCAUUGAGUCUUUCGAGCAGGACUCGGACUCGGUCACGGCUCAUCUGUCAGACGGCACCAAGGACACUUUCGACCUCCUCGUCGGAGCAGACGGCCAGAGUUCCAAGACACGAAGGCUGAUGCUCGGUACCGGCGCGAAGGAUCCAUUUUACUCUCUCGGUAUGCACAUGGCGUUUUAUACCAUCCCGAGGUGGAAGACGGACACCAAUUACGCCACUGUCUGCAUCUUCCUUGGGAAACGAAUGAUGAUGACGAGAAACGACAACCCGGAUACGACCCAGGCUUACCUUGCCGUCUGCCCAACUGACGAGAAGACCGAGAAGCUGCUCACAGACGCCGAGAACAGCCGUGACACGAACCAGCAGAAACAGGUUUGGUCGGAGCUUUUCAGGGGCGCUGGGUGGCAGUCGGAUCGCUUCAUCGACGCUCUACAGGACGAUGGCGUAUCGAACAACUUCUACAGCGUGCACGUUGGGCAGAUCCGAAUGGACAAGUGCUACAACAAUCGCGUGGUGCUCGUGGGCGAUGCGGGAUACGCACCGAGCCCUCUCACCGGCCGCGGAACAACCUGCGCGUUCGUCGGGGCGUACGUCCUGGCGGGGGAGAUCUCGAAGCACUGCUCGGCGUCUUCGGGCAAGGCGGCCGAUGGAGUGCCGGGUGCCCUCGAGGCCUUCAACGAGCAAAUCCUAGCAUUGACGAAAUCGGUCCAGAACAUUUCGAUAAAGCCGUCCAAGCUCUACCCCAACUCUCAAUGGAUCAUCACCAUCUUGUACAAGAUUUUGUGGUUGGUGACGGCGCUGAGGAUCGACAAGAUUCUUCAGAGGCUCCAAUCGGACGAUGUCGAAGGCUGGAAGCUCCCCGAUUAUCCUGGGCUCUCUUAUGAGAAAGGUAAAGAAACACAGAAGGGAACGAAGUGA